GCAUCCCCUCUCUCUUUUCGUGAGCAGGGAAGAGCAUCCCCUCUCUCUUUUCGUGAGCAGGGAAGAGGGGGGGGGGGGGGGGGACGGGCAGGGCGGGCGAUGAGGCGAGGAGGGGCGCCGCGGAGCUCACCCACCGAGAGCCGCGCCGCAAGCAUGCUGCCUCUCGGUGAGGAGGGGUGCUAGCCCCGCCGCUGCCCGCGCGGUUAAAUUGCUCGCCGCGCCCCGCACCCGCACUCACUCCACCACCAGGCGGGGCAAGAGGAGAGGGUUGGAUUGAUAUGGGUUCCAAUCUCAAGUACCGUGCUGGCCUCGUCCUCAUCGUCGCCGUGGUGCUCAUAUGGGUCACCUCCGCGGAGGUCACGCAGGGGAUAUUCACUAAAUACAAGCAACCCUUUGCAAUUACUUACCUGGGGGCCUCCCUUAUGAUCAUCUAUAUACCUCUUUCAUUUUUAAAGGAUUUUAUAUGUAAUUUGUUGAGAAGGUCUUCUUCAAGUAGUAGAGUUUCAAAAGUUACCAACAAAUCUUCUUUCGGUGGUUGUGCUCCUCUGAAGAAUGGUGAAUUCCAGAAGAUGUUGGAAAUGGAAUCUCAAAAAACUAUAGUCAUAAACUAUACUGAUGUGGAUAUUCCUGUAAUAGAAGAGACAAAACCUCUUAUAUGUGGAAUCACUGAAUUCGAUGACGUUUUGAAGGAGCAAGAACUUUCCACUAAGGAGAUUGCAAUGUAUGGGUUGUAUCUUUGUCCCAUAUGGUUUGUGACGGAGUACUUGUCAAAUGCGGCACUUGCAAGAACUAGUGUUGCUAGUACUACUGUACUAUCUUCAACGUCAGGACUCUUCACUCUUUUCAUUGGUGUGCUACUUGGCCAAGAUUCUAUAAAUGCUGCAAAAGUUAUUGCUGUUUUUAUUAGCAUGGCUGGUGUGGUAAUGACAACCAUGGGGCAGACUUGGGCAUCAGAUGAAUCAGAAAUCAGCAAUUCUGGUGCCACUCAGAGAACUCUUCUAGGUGACAUGUUUGGUCUUCUGUCAGCUAUGUCAUAUGGUUUAUUCACUGUGCUUCUAAAAAAGUUUGCUGGAGAGGAAGGAGAAAAGGUUGAUGUCCAAAAACUGUUUGGCUACCUCGGACUUUUCAGUCUUGUUCUUCUCUGGUGGCUUGUCUGGCCAUUGACCGCAUUAGGCAUUGAACCAAAGUUUACAAUACCCCACUCAGCCAAAGUGGAUGAAGUGGUGUUGGCAAAUGGCCUUAUUGGAAGUGUAUUGUCAGACUACUUCUGGGCUCUUUCUGUUGUUUGGACUACUCCUUUGGUGGCCACCUUGGGCAUGUCACUCACAAUUCCACUAGCAAUGGUGGCUGAUAUGAUCAUUCAUGGUCGUCGUUAUUCAGCGGUCUAUAUCUUUGGUUCUGUCCAGGUAUUUUCUGGGUUUGUCAUUGCAAAUCUUGCGGAUCGCUUUUCACGUUUUCUAGGGCUCUAGUGUCACGAAAUCAACCAGGUUUUAUUAGAGUGUACAUCUGUGUGGAUCGUUAGACAAAUACCCUUGUUUCAUAAGAUUGCGAAAAUGUUACUGUAGUUUUUUUUUUCUCUUGGCCCUUUACACACAGGAAUGGAAAAUUUUUGUGGCGGUGAAAUAGAAAAGAGUGACUUGAAGAAACUUUAUGCUGUAGCAACCCUUGCAACUGUAAAUUCUUUUGCUAUAAAAUCCUUCUCAAUGUAUACUACUGUAGCUUCCUACAGUAGACUUGCAUAUAUUAAUUGCUA